AUUUUUUUUUUAUUUAUUUUUUAGUUAAAAUGUUUAUCAGUACUUUGGACUCAUCAGAUUCAUCACUCCCUUCGCCCUUUCCUAAAUCCCUUCGGACUCCAGCCACACUCCGCCGCUGUUCUCAAUCGCGUCGCCCUCGCCGCCAGUCUCCUCUCCUCGCCGCACGUCGAUGCUGCGCUGCUCUCCUUCUCCGUCCAACGCCGCUGUCGCCGCCGACUCGUCUCCAUCGUCGCCGGCUCGUCUCCAUCGCCAUCGCCCUAGACUGCCUCUGGCGUUCUUCGUACAGCAGAGGUCGUCGCCGGCUCGUCUCAGGUCUCAAAGGUCGCAAGUCGUUCUUCCUCAAGUCUUCCUCAAAGGUCCAAAGCAUUGUGGAUGAAAUUAAGCAGGUUAUAACUGCCAGUUCAAGUAGAAAAAGAGAGUGGGCAGAGAGAGAGAGAAAGAUGAAGAUUUUGAUGAAGAGGAGAGUGAAUUGCUUAAAGAGGAAAAUGAGCAAGAAGUUUUUGACCAAGUUAUUUUAUUGCUUUUAGCCCUUGUUGCUGUUCCCUGGAUGCUCUUCCCAAAACCGUUUAUUUUGAUGAGACUCCACACUGAGGUGCUAAAAGGAGCUCAAGAUCAAUGAUAUACAUCAUAUAUACUGGCAAAGAACAAAGUUUGGAGGGUACUCUUAUUUUAUUUUAUUUUUAUUUUCAUUUAGCUUGUUCAAUUAUAAUUCUCAUCCAACUGAUGGCAAGAAACACCAACAGAAUUACCAGCCUGUGUUGGCCUUGAGGUUAGCAUUUUUUGCUCCUUUUCUAUCUCAUUCCCGGCUACAUGUGACAUUUAAUGAUGUGAUGUGCUCAUGUACAUCAUUUCUUCAAAAGCAUUGCUUCUUUAGCUUUACAUGAUAUCAGUUAUGAUCAUUGCUGGUAUAAAAGAACUGCUCCAGCAAAUCCUGCUCCUGUCCAUGCUCAUAAUCGGGAAGGUAUAUCUUAUGUCACCCAAUAUAUUAUGGGUCGAGUGGUUACCCACUGGACUUGGCUUGUUUUAGCAACCUAAACUCACAAGAAAAAGGGUACCUUUAAUCUAUCGACUGUUCUAAUUUUAUAGCUUUAUGAUGGAAAAUAUGCAG